GACGCAAGGUGAUGGCGUCAUGCGGGAGCUGCGGCUGCCCAAUGGCGGCGGAGGCGGCCGCCUCAGCUCUACCGUGGGAGAUGUCCCCAGCAUACAAUGGUAGACGUGGCAAAGAAAGAGACUAUGGAUGACAUCACAUUUAGAAGCGACACUGUACUUUCUGAUGUUCAUCUACACACGCCAAGCAAAAGACAUCUCAUGGUGCGAUUGAAUACUGUUGGACAGCCAGUAUUUCUGUCACAAUUCCAGCUUCUUUUGAACAAAAAUAAUCAGGAGUCUGAGAGAAAAAAUGAAAAAGAACUUAUAACAGAAAAUAUGGGACAUCAAAUCAGAGGUGGGAAGGAAUUGUGUGACAAAGGUAGUAAUAAUCUAGAUUUUCUCAACAAAAAUGGAAGAGAAGCAAAUAAUUUUAAAGGGAUAGAAGCUCUGCUGGAUGAUGAUGGGGAUUUGGAAGUGGUCAGAAGACCUCGAUAUGUGUCUGAUCCAGAAGUGGAGGAUCUUUCAAGGGACAAAGUAUAUCCCAUAAUUCUGACUAAAGGAGGAGAAGGUAUUUUUGAAGAUGCAAAGCAAGAAAGUACCCACAAUAAUAUUAUUAACAUAGAGCAUACAAUGGCAACACCGUUGGAAGAUGUUGGUAAACAAGUCUGGCGAGGAGCCUUUCUUCUUGCAGAUUAUAUCUUGUUCAAACGGGAUAUGUUCAGAUGUUGCACGGUACUAGAGCUUGGAGGAGGCACUGGAAUUACAAGCAUUGUCAUGGCAAUGGUUGCUAAGACUGUGUACUGCACAGAUGUUGGUGAAGAUCUUCUGGCUAUGUGUGAGCAAAAUGUAACAUUAAACAAACAUCUUACUGAACCAGAAGGAGGUGAAGUUAAGGUAAAAGAGCUGGACUGGCUGAAAGAUGAGUUCUGUAUAGACCCUGAAGCUCCCUACAGUUGGUCUGAAGCAGAGAUUGCUGAUUUGCAUGACCACACCACGGUGAUACUGGCAGCUGAUGUUUUUUAUGAUGAUGACUUAACAGAUGCUUUAUUCAAAACACUGUACAAAAUCACCCACAACUUGAAAAACUCUUGCACAAUUUACUUAUCAAUAGAAAAGAGAAUGAAUGUGACUGCGUAUUCCCGUGUUAAAAUGCUGAACUUCACCUUAAGACAUAUGGACAUUACAUGUGAAGCUUACAAUCAUUUUCGAAAUACUUUGAAUGAUCUGGAAACCUUACAAGAUAGCAAAAUGAAAUAUACUUCUGAGCCCAUUAAGCUUGCUUUCUGCCAAUUUCUUGUUUAUGAACGGAUUGAGCAGUUGGAGCUGUGGAAGAUCAUUGCUGAACCACUUUAGUGACCUCUUUCACAUUAGACAGCUGAAAAUCUUGAGGCAGAAAAUUAAUGCUGUUCUACAAAUAAAACAAUCUAGAGUUUUU